GAGUACUUCUCUAUGGCCCUCCUGGUUGCGGCAAAACGCUGAUCGCCAAAGCUACAGCAAAGGAAGCAGGUUGCCGAUUUAUUAAUCUGCAGCCUUCAACACUGACGGACAAGUGGUAUGGAGAGUCUCAAAAACUGGCUGCUGCUGUCUUCUCCCUUGCUAUAAAGCUCCAACCGUCCAUCAUUUUUAUUGACGAAAUAGAUUCCUUCUUACGAAGUCGAUCGAGUUCUGACCAUGAAGCUACAGCUAUGAUGAAAGCUCAGUUCAUGAGUCUGUGGGAUGGACUGGACACGGAUUAUAACUGCCAGGUGAUAGUGAUGGGAGCCACCAACCGUCCUCAGGAUCUUGACUCUGCAAUCAUGAGAAGAAUGCCGACCCGGUUUCACAUCAACCAACCUGCUCUGAAACAAAGAGAAGCAAUCUUGAAGCUAAUUUUGAAAAAUGAAAAUGUGGACAGGCAUGUAGAUCUCCUAGAAGUUGCUAAAGAGACUGACGGCUUCUCAGGCAGCGAUCUGAAAGAAAUGUGCCGGGAUGCAGCACUCCUCUGUGUCAGGGAAUAUGUUAAUUCUGCCUGUGAAGAAGAGAACCACGACGAAGAUGAAAUUCGGCCUGUGCAGCAGCAGGAUCUCCACAGGGCAAUUGAGAAGAUGAGAAAAUCGAAGGAUGCCACACUGCAGAAUGUUUUGAUGCACGUUAGUUUAGAUUAAGACAAAAGAGUGCGUUUGCAGUUUCUGAUGUGAUUUAGUUUGACUUCUGUAAUCAGUUAGCAAAAACAAUGUCAGGGGGUGGGAGCGGGGAUGUUCCUGGAAUAAGGGAGUUCUGUUUCUGGAAUUGUUUUUAUACAACAACUUCUAAGUUAUUGAAACUUCGUCAUGCGCAACUAGAAGCGUAACAAUAGAUCAUGAAGUGGAACAAUUAUAGCCCAGACCAAGAGCAACUGCCUGUGUCUUGUCCCAUAAUCGAUACACUGUGCAGCCUUAAAGCAGGUUCUGACGGGGUGCGUGGGUUCAGCGGUCACUGCU